CGUUCCCUCUUUGGACGGAAUCUUGGCCGAGUUCAUGGCCGUCCCUUCUUCCGGUCGCGCCGUUCCCGUUAGCAACGCUUCGUUUCGGCUUAUGCAUCCCUUCCGGUCACGAAAAUGGGAAGCGGAUCGAGCGGAAGCUUCUUGAUUACAGUCAAGAGGCUCGAUUACUGUCAAGAGGCUGAGUGGUUCGGAGGUGAGAAAAAAAGAAAGCUCGCUCUUUUGAUGUUUUCGAAUGUUUUGGAGCGGUCCCUACACGGCUUCGAUUUCACCUCCGGGGAAGCGGAUCGAGCAAAGGCUUCUCGAUUACAGUCAAGAGGCUCGAUUACAGCCAAGGGGUCGAGCGAUUCGGAGGUUUACCCUGAAGGAACGCAUUUGGUGAUUCCAUGAUUUGAGCGGCCUAUAAUUUAUGAUGUCCUUGCUCGACCCCAUAUUCUGGGGAGUACAUCAGGAAGCCACGGUUUUAAAUGGCUAAGCGCAUGCUGAAAAAUCUGAGUAUAAAGACAAGUCCACAAAAUACUGAAUACAAGAUUGUUGGCUUGAGUGAACUGCCGUGCAAUGAGCAAAUGUUUGUAUUAAAGCAGAGAAAUGGUAGGGAUGGAAAUGGUGAAGAUUUCCAUACUUCAGAAAUAACAGUCUAUGAGUAUUUUGUUAAACAUCGGAAUAUUGAGUUAAGGUAUUCGGCUGAUCUGCCAUGCAUUAAUGUUGGAAAACCAAAGCGCCCCACGUACAUUCCCAUGGAGUUAUGCAAUUUAGUAUCACUGCAAAGAUACACAAAGGCUUUAUCUAACCUUCAACGUGCCUCACUGGUGGAGAAAUCGAGGCAGAAGCCUCAAGAGAGAAUGAGGGUUUUAAAUGAUGCCUUAAAGCACAGCAAUUAUGAUUCUGAGCCAAUGCUGCGGGCUUGCGGUAUUUCCAUUGCUACAAGUUUUACACAAGUGGAAGGCCGUGUUUUACCAGCCCCAAAGCUGAAAGUUGGUAACGGUGAAGAUUUUCUUCCACGAAAUGGGAGAUGGAACUUCAACAACAAGAAACUGGUUCAGCCCUCAAAUGUUGAUCGCUGGGCUGUGGUCAAUUUCUCGGCUCGUUGUGAUAUCAGGUCUCUUGUCCGAGAUCUGAUCAAAUGUGGAGAUAUGAAAGGAAUUUCCAUUGAGCAACCAUUCGAUGUAUUUGAAGAGAGUCCUCAGUUGAGGCGAGCUCCUCCCACUGCUAGGGUGGAAGACAUGUUUCAACAAAUUAAGACAAAGCUUCCAGGAGCACCACGUUUCCUUCUCUGCCUUUUGCCUGAGCGGAAGAACUGUGAUGUUUAUGGACCUUGGAAGAGAAAAUGCCUCGCUGAAUUUGGAAUUGUCACACAAUGCAUUGCUCCAACUAGAGUCAAUGAUCAGUACCUUACAAAUGUGCUCCUAAAGAUUAAUGCCAAGCUGGGUGGAAUCAACUCGUUGUUGCAUGUUGAGCAUACUCCUGCUAUUCCUCUGGUGUCUAAGAUGCCCACAAUUAUCUUGGGGAUGGAUGUUUCCCAUGGACAGCCAGGGCAAUCUGAUGUGCCAUCAAUUGCUGCUGUUGUUAGUUCUAGACAGUGGCCUCUCAUUUCAAAGUAUAGGGCAUCUGUCCGAACCCAGUCGCCAAAGGUGGAAAUGAUAGACUCCUUAUUUAGACCUACUGAAAAUGAUGAUCAAGGAAUAAUGAGGUCAAACUUUUCUGCAUUUUUUGGAUUCUUUGCUUUACUGUAUAUAUGACAAGAAUUUGCUGUA